AUGGAUUCCGGGAUUGGAAGUUCGAUUCCGGAACUGAAAGAUUUCAAGAUAGGCAGUUGGGUUCCAACACCCCCAGCAAAGCCUGGCUUGCUGGCAUUGGAGCCGAUCUGCGAAACAGUGCAGGAAAAUGAGCAGAUUAGAGCAAAUUGGUCAGACUUGCAAACAAUUCCACAAGAUUUUUGCAUAGGCCAAAUGAACCCAUUAGAACCAGGAGGGUUCUUGCAGGGAAAUUAUGCUCUUACCAGGGAUGAUUGGUUUGAUUUGACAAACUUGCAGAACUUCUCUAUUGAUCCAGACAACUGGAACACUGUGUCAUUUGGGAUCUUCUUGGCACUGGCACAUGCUGCAGGAGCCACGGCGCCAGUUGAAAUUCCCCCUGAAGAUAUAGCAUUCAAUCCCCUCUUCAGUUCUCAGAAUGCAGAUGGAAGUUCUGUUAGCUCCAGAAUCUCUUUCGAUCUGAAUUCUCUACCCGAGAGCAAUGCAGCCUCAAGCAGCAACUCGUUCCAGUUUGCACCCAUCACCCCGGUUCAGAACAAUGGAAGACAGAGCAAGCUAAAUUUAAAUCUAAACCUUAAUGAGAUACCGAUACUAGAAGAAGAAGAUGUAGAGGAAAAUGUUGAAGAAAGUGACCUCAAAAUUGGUUCCAUCUCCAAACUCUGAAGAAACCUGAUUCCACACCAAACUCUGUACUUGAUGGGAAUGUUACUUAGGGAAUAUUAUGUGCAAUCCCUUAGUUGUAAUUAUGUCUUUGGAGUUUUUGUUUUGAGGUUUAAACAAUGCCCAGGUGGAAAUGUUAGUCUGUGAGCGUGUGUGCUCAUUUUU